UUCAGUACUUAUCAUAAUAUAGGAUUAAGGUCGUGUGUCUGACGUACAAAAAUUUUUAUUUCAAAGGUUAUGGGCAAUGAAUCUGAUGCUGAAAUAUUAUAAAAGGCAAAAAUUAUAUUAAAUAGUUUUAGAUACAGAAGGUUAAAUCCUAAUAUUACUGUUACUAGUGUUAGUGCUUUACCGAUGACGCCUCGUUUGGUUCGUUGUAGUGAUACCACAUGAUGUAGUGAUGUGCCAAAUGCUAUGUUUUUGACACGGUUAUUAACAUAAGGAUCAAUCACGACGUAUGAUAAAAUUAGACCAUUGGAUAUCAUUGUCAGAAUACAGCUUUCGUCAUACAUUUUCUCACGUCAACAAAAUUAAUAUUCGCCAUGCAACUUCAGCGCCAUGAUGCAAAAUCGGAAGGGGCUGGAAGGUGAACUGCAAGAUUUGCUGGUGCUUGGACAUAGAAAAGUUCUGAUUGAUUCAUCAUCACUUCUGCCUUAUAGAAAAUACAGGAGUUAUUGCAGUUCAGUGAUGGAAAAAUAUGAAAAAAUUUCAAAAAUCGGUGAAGGAUCAUAUGGUGUUGUGUUUAAAUGUCGCAGCCGAGAAUCAGGGCAACUUGUAGCUGUGAAGAAAUAUGUGGAGACAGAGGAUGAUCCAAUGAUUAAAAAAAUUGCAUUAAGAGAAAUACGAAUGUUAAAGCACCUAAAGCAUCCUAACUUGGUGAAUUUGAUUGAAGUGUUUCGUCGCAAGAGAAAACUUCAUAUGGUUUUUGAAUAUUGUGAUCAUACAGUCUUGGACAUUUUGGAAAAACAUCCCAAAGGAGUUCCAGAACAAUUAACCAAACGUUUGAUUUACCAGACAUUGCAAGCUGUGAACUUCUGUCACCAGCACAACUGCAUACAUCGUGAUGUUAAACCUGAAAAUAUUCUUUUAACAAAAGAUGGCAUAGUGAAGCUGUGUGACUUUGGCUUUGCAAGAACACUGAGCCCUGGUGAAAACUAUACUGACUACGUAGCUACUCGGUGGUAUCGAGCUCCAGAACUGCUUGUGGGAGACACGCAGUAUGGGCCAGCUGUAGAUGUGUGGGCCAUUGGAUGUGUUACAGCAGAGCUUAUGAGAGGAGAGGCCUUGUGGCCUGGAAAGUCAGAUGUGGACCAGCUUUAUCUGAUCAGGAAGACCUUAGGAGAUUUAAUUCCAAGACACAUGCAGAUUUUCAGAUCAAAUGAUUUUUUUGCUGGGGUAAACAUACCAGAACCUGAAGUUAGGGAAAGCCUAGAUCACAAGCUCCCAAAAAGCAUUGAUGACAGUGGUUUUGAUUUUGUAAAGAAAUGCGUGGACAAAGAUCCCCAGAAAAGGUUUACUUGUGAACAACUACUCAAGCAUCCUUAUUUAGGUCAAGUUAAAAUCUCAGAAUUUGAAACAGAAGACAAUCAGAUAAGACAGAAGAGAGAAAAAUCUAAGCAUUUUUCUUUUUUAGAAUGGUCAGCAUCAGACAUUAUUACCACAGUUGCCUGGAGCCACCACUCCAGAGUCUAAAGGAAGUAACACCAACUCAAACAAUCGCAGAUUUUACCACUUACCAAACAUCUGACGAGUUGGUCAAGGGAGCAAUCAUGAGCAGCGAAGUAAAGUUUCCCUUCCUACUUGGUUCAACAAAUAGGAUGGCAGGAUGAGGGGGGAGAAUUAUAUCUGUAUAUAACUGUUUGAUUUUCAAAUGCAACCUGAUUAAGUCUUUGAGACUGUAUAAUAUUUGAUCCACAGAUUGUGUUAGUAAACUUUAGAAUUGUCAUAAACCACCAAAAUCUGUAGAAUACAUUUGAUCACAUCAACAUAAAUUAAGUUCAGUUUGAGUGCCAUAUAUCGCAGCAUAUAAGUCGACCCCCCUAUCAAAAAUUCCUGUAAUUUUCUGAUCACCACCAUAUAAGCCUACCCCAAAAAUUAUACAGAAAGUCUAUACAUUAUACAUAUAUUUCUAAAGACAGAUGAAUAUUUAAGAGGAAGGAUCAUAUACAAUUUAUUCAACAGUAUUGACAACAAAAUUUAAGAUCCAUCAAAGUCCUCAUCUUUAGAAUCUGAGUUGCCAAAAAGUUCAUUGAAUUCACUUUGCUUUAUCUGAUCUUCAUAGACAUCACACUCCUUCAUGGGAUCAUUGUUGGGCAGACAUCAUUUUCUGUCAUAAGACCAAGUUGUGUCAUUUCAUAAAAUGCCUACACCAACCUCAAUGAGCAGUUAAGUCAGAAAUAUUUCUAUUCUUGGCCCAUUCCUUGGAUCAUAGCAUAAUCUGAUUUCUUGUUACAAUCAGACCAGACUUGUGGUUUUUGUCAACUCAUUUCACAUUGUCUGUUUCCAGUUCAGGCCAGAAACCAUUUUUCAUCCUUGAGCAGCAAGCUUUGUUCCUGACAGACUUUGAAUUUUCACUAUCUUUUUGCCAAAUUUCCUACUCACAGCACAGUUUGUCUUUUCAGCAAAUUUCACAAUUUUAAUUUUGGUUUGUAUCUCAUACAUUUUGGAGGCAUUUUGUUUAAUAUAUCACCAAAAUAACAACUAGUAUGCAUAUUAUGAUCUUUGUAAAGUCAUUUCCUAGAAUUUUAAAAUGAAAGCUCUGCUUGAAGAGUAUUGUUUGGUGUGUCUAAAUAGAUCGAUUCACUUGAUAUCAAGGCUCCGCUGAUGUUUGAGAAUUUUCCUACUUUUUUGUACCCAUUUUAUGAGUCGAGUCCCCUUUCUUUGGAUAACAUUCUGUUAUUAAAAAAAUCGACUUAUAUGCUGUGAUAUAUGGUAUAUUAACAGUUCAGCAAGCAUGCUGAAUGCCUCUUUAUGUUUUUUUUUAAUUUAAAGAUGAGUUUUAUUGAAAAAGGAACUGAAGAUAAUAAAAAUAAAAUCUUAGUUUCUAUUUAAAAUUUAGUGUUUUUGAUAAUAAACCUUACAACUAAAUGGUAAGUAGAACUCUGUUAGUAUAUGGUGAGGAUAUCCAAGCUGUUGACAUACUAUGUUCUGGAAGAUUUAUAUCCUCUAAUUGUUUGGCAUUAUAUUCAUAUUUCAGUUUUAUUUCAACUUGGAGAUGUCUUGUAGAGUAAACUGUAGAAACUAGCUGAGAUUUAAAUUUCUCUGGAUUCUUUGAUAAGUCUAAACUUAAGCAUUUGUAUUUUUGGUUUCAUCUUUGUGCUGUUGAACUCAUUUGUAGAAGUCGAAUAACUUAUUUCACUAAUUAGUUAUAUAUGUUUCCCCCCCUUUUCAAAGAGAUUAUUUUUCAUUUGAUAUUUCAGGAAAAUUGCUUGUUUCUGUUGUUAAUGACAUUCAAAGAUUUCUUUCACAGUAUAACAAACCAUGAAUAUAGAUAUGCUUUAUUCAGCACAGAUUGAUCCACAGUCCAGGGUCACAUAGGAAAACCAAAGCUAGAAAUACAAUUUGAAGUCUGUUUAUUAGGCAAACUUUUAUUCUCUGGUGGCUCGAGAAACAUUGCCAUUGGUAUUAGGUUACUUCAGCACUUUCUGGAAUUUCAUCCCUCUUUCCAAAGUGCUAUUACCAGUAGAGCUAAAUUUUAAUCCAUUAAUUACCAUUAUACCAGCACUACUCAAUCACCACCAUACCAAAAAAUAUGUUUUGUGAAAAACAACUUAUCUCAUUAUAUGAAAACAAAUUCUUAUGCUGAUGUUUAUUUAGGUGACAAGUUUUGAUGACUUUUCCUUGAAAAAAAAUUGCAUUAUGGUAAUGGGCAUUAUUGAUUAACUUUUCAAAAGUUAUACUACUUUUCAUGGUCAAAAAUUGUAAACUGUAUUCUUAAUCUGAAUGAUUUCAUUACACAACUUUAUUUAGUAAUAGUAAAAGUACGUACUUUUUUAAAAUAAAGAAUCCAGUUUUGUCACUGGAUGAUUAAUUCCCAUUUAAAAUUUUUUAUACUGGUUAAAUAACCUUUCUUUUAGAAGAAAUACAAAGUUUAUAGUGAUAAAAUUCAAGAUUCAAGUUAAAAAAGUUUUUUGCCUGUGGUAUGAUUAGUGUAAUAAUACAUACUUAUAACAGAUGAUUUUAAAGUACACAUUAUAAAAAGAAUGCUAUUGUAAAGAAAAAUAAUAACAUCAGUUUUAGAAAUAAUUUCCUGUCAGCACUACAUUUUAUGUGCUCAGUUGUUUACUAUAAAAAGUGGAUAAGAAUUUUAAAAUGUUAGUACAAAAUGAAAAAAAAGACUGCAAAACAGAUAAAAGUAUUCAUUUGUGGAAUUAUAAGAGAUGUUUAAAAAUUUCCUGCCUUUUUUUGGGAUCACUGACCAUUACAAGGUAAGCAUCAGGUGCUGGAAAAUGAAGGCAAUGAAAACAUUUUCAGAUUGUUCAUUUGCUUCAGUAAGCUUGCUCCCAUGGCUAUAAUAUUCUUGGGCAGUUUAUCAAUAUCACAAAUAAUCAUAUAUUGUGCACUGUGAUAUCACAGGUACUAUCUGAAUCUGCAUUUUUCACGAAUAUGGUAACAAUCUUCAUCUGUCUCUGUCUAUUUAAUUAAUUCUAUAGAAAGUUUUGAAUGGUAUCUAAAACAGGCCCAUUCUAGUCACAUUACAAUAUUCUGACAAAGAGUACCUCACCUUUGAGAGUUCAUUAUUUUAUCAUAAAUGUGCUAAAUGUUGUAAUGUUUAACUUUUUUGAAAACUAUUAUGCAUUACUUUUUUCUUUUGCAAACAACUUUAUGAAAAAGAAAUUGGGAGUUUAUUCCCAAACAGUAAAUUACCUAUGAAAAACAUGAUUACAUCAUAGCAUAAUGAGAGAAAUACAUUAUUCUGGUUUCUCCAGCCUGCCCCACUGCUGUCAACUUUCACUUUGUUGUGCCUAUAAGUGUAGAGAAGAAAGCUCCUGGUGACCAUAAGAUAAUGAUCAAAUAUGAAUGCUUUUAAGUGAGUUGUUUGUGAUAUAUAUAUUUGAAUUAAAGAUAAAGAUGUGUGUAUUUUUGUAUGUGCACACAUUAUGUGUGAACAUAGUAGUUUUCUUAGAUUUCAUGUUGCUUUUAUCAAGGAAACCUUGUAUAUAUAUGUUGUUCAUAAAUACAUGAUAUCUUUUAGUGUACUCUAACAGUUAUUUGAUUUAUGUUUAUUUCCCUAAAGAUUAAUCUGUUUGUAAAAUUAUAAAUACAGGAAAACUAUUGGUGAGUAUUGUUAGUACCAUUCACGUUGUGUAAUUCGAUUUUAGAGCAAAUUCAGUGAUAGUUACAUUGUCUCUUGUUUUAUU